AGGCGCAAAGAAACAAGAAAGCUGCGACACGCAAUUGAUUCCUUUCCAAACGCUGAUACUUGUUCGCCAUGCAGACCACCUGUCACCACCUUCGCCAACACCUGUCACCGCUUUUCCUGUCACCCUCCUCUUUAUAUCUCCCACCACUCCACCGCUCUCCCUCGCCAAACCCAUUUCUCUCCGUUUCUGUACAAAUCACCAUGGCUGAACGUGAUGAGCAGAAAGGCCCAUCAGCCUCCAAAAUCCUAGCUGUCAUAGCCCUCCUCCCUCUAGGAGGCACCCUGCUGUUUCUAUCCGGCCUGACAUUCGUGGGGUCAAUGGUCGGCCUCGCCGUCGCCACCCCACUCUUCCUCCUCUUCAGUCCCGUUCUGGUUCCAGCGACAAUAGGGAUCGGCCUCGCCGUCACCGGAUUUCUCUCGUCUGGAGCUUUAGGAGUAACAGCCCUCUCGUCGCUGUCGUGGUUCCUGAACUAUCUCCGGCAAUUGGCGGCUGGGAUGCCGGAUUAUUUUCAGAGGGUGACUGACAAACUGGGCCGAGAAACGAAGGAAAUGGGCCAGGAGUUGCAGAGUCAGGCCCAUGAAGGCUGGGGCAAGCCGACAAAACGAAUACAAAUUGGGCUUUGAGCUGGGCGUGGGACGUCAAGCAUUUGGGCCCUGGGGUGCUCUGUGGUUGUAUUUCAUUUUCUACGUUGGAGAAUAGAUGGCUAGGUUUCAUUUUGCUGUACGCGUGUUUGCUUUGAGACAUAAAAUAAUAAUAUAAUAUGUUUAUUUUCAUUUA